UUUUGCUGGGUUGGGAGAUAGAUUUGAACCACCAGCAGCAGCACCAGCAGCAGCAGCAGCUCCAGCCUCCUGCAGCAAACUAACUCCAAGUGGGGGCGGAGCAAAAGAUGUCUCUCCCUAUCGUCUUAGGGAGGGGCUGGUCCAGGUUGAGGUGGAAUUGGUUGGACCAUCAAUUCGGCCGAAUUAACCACUACGACAUCAAUGCGGGUCAUGUGCACCUUACCACAACCGGUCCAGGCAUUAGGCCGGCGAGGAAAGACACUGCCAACGCAGACGCUUAUAUAUAAUUCCCAAGGUAGGUGACCAUCGAACUCCCUUCCCUGCCACUGCUACAAAUCCUUCGAGAACGGGAGGAGGCUAGGAGUAUGAGGUGAGAGAGAGAGAGAGAGAGAGAGAGAGAGAGAGAGCGACAAGGAUUAAUUGGAGAUGAUGAAGAGGCAUCUGGUGGUGCUGAGGAGGUACGAGCCGGCGGGGAGGGUCCAUGGCGGCGGCGGGAGGAAGCAGGGGGGGAAGGUCAGGUACGCGGAGUGCAGGAAGAAUCACGCGGCCGCCACCGGCGGCUACGCCGUCGACGGCUGCGGCGAGUUCAUUGCUAGCGUGGGCGAGGGAGCGGAAGCCGAGCUCCGCUGCGCCGCCUGCGGGUGCCACAGGAGUUUCCACCGGAGGGAGGUGGUUCGCGUCGAGGCGGCGGACGCGGCGGAGGAGGAGGAGGAGGACUGCGAUUGCAGGAGCACAACCGCUCUUCAUUAGCCCUUAAUUAAUUAAUUUGCCUAAUUUGGAUAAGUGAUUAUUAUUAUUAUUAUUAUUAUUAUUAUUAUUAUUAUUAUUAGGUUUGGGAUGGUGAUUUUGAUAAUAUUCUUGUGUAAUUGAAAGUUUGAAUUAUGGAUUUGGUUGCAAAAUAUAUAUCUAUAAAAUAUUUUAUAAGGAUGUAAUUUGAUGAAAAAAUAUUCUGAGAAAUUUCGAUUUCAAA